AUGGCGGAAGUUUCCGGCGAUCCGCGAGCCGUCGAAAACCUGAAAUCCUAUCUGGACGUGAUCAAGGAGUCCUAUGCUGCGAAUCCGUGGAAGGCGCGGCUGCUGCUAGUGUUGACUGCGGAUGACUCAGACCCUCAAUUUAGUGCUUUGGAAGAAGGACUCCGAGCGAGAGCAGCAGAGAAUUCGGCAAAGGCCAUAAGUGGCAUUGGGCUGUACAUGGCGAACUUCGCAAUUUUGCUGCUGGAAGGCCUCACGUCGGGCGUAAUGGGCUGCAUGCGCUGGCUCGACACUUUGUGUCAGUCUCAGAAAGUGAAGCAAGGAUUGGUUUUGUACUUUUCAGAUUGCCUCGAGCCCGCCGGACUGCUGGCCAAGGAGUUCGCGCGCUUCGCCCCAGACCCCCGAGCACUUCAAAACCUUUUGAGUUCUUCCAAAACUUUCUCUUUGCUCUUUUCCGUGCCAGAGUUCUGCGAAAACCUCCUGGGGGACUUCUACGCCACUCUGCCUCGAGACCGGACCUUUUGA